UGGUAAAUAUGGGUGUGAAAGAAAAACCCUUCUAGUUCUGGGAGUAACCUGACCAGCCAACUUUAAACUUACAAACAAGCUUAUUUUUUUAUACAUGUAAAUCUGUACACAAGUUUGUCUCAUAUUAACAGUUGUUUUUUUGUAUAACAUAUUAUUACAGCUCAAAACUACUGUUAGCUAAAUGGAGAAAUAUGAUUCUUUGUAGAAUGAUUAACUAAUUAGCAUUUGGUAGCUAGCUAACAGCCGGGAGUGGGAGACCUGCAGGCUUCACUGGUGAGACGACGGCAGCAGAAUGACCGAGUAUAAGCUGGUGGUGGUUGGGGCAGGUGGUGUAGGGAAGAGUGCGCUUACCAUCCAGCUCAUCCAGAAUCACUUUGUGGACGAAUAUGACCCCACCAUAGAGGACUCAUACAGGAAGCAGGUGGUGAUCGAUGGGGAGACAUGUUUGCUGGACAUCCUGGACACUGCAGGACAGGAGGAGUACAGUGCCAUGAGAGAUCAGUACAUGAGGACCGGCGAAGGCUUCCUCUGCGUGUUUGCCAUCAACAACACCAAGUCUUUCGCCGAUGUGCAUUUGUACAGGGAGCAGAUCAAGCGAGUGAAGGACUCUGAUGACGUGCCCAUGGUCCUGGUCGGUAACAAAUGUGAUUUGGCCAGAACCGUUGACACCAAGCAGGCUCAGGAACUAGCCAGGAGCUACGGCAUUGAAUUUGUAGAAACUUCAGCCAAGACCAGACAGGGUGUUGAGGAUGCUUUUUACACCUUGGUCCGGGAGAUCCGUCAUUAUCGUAUGAAGAAACUCAACAGCAGGGAGGACAGGAAGCAGGGUUGUCUCGGAGUCUCCUGUGAAGUCAUGUGAUCAGAAAACGCACCACCUCCCCCAGUGAUUCCUUGCAAGCUCAUUGGCCAGCAGCUGAAAACUUUACGCCCACUCACUUGUGACUGAAAAAGCUUUGUGACGUGGUCCAAUUUUUCAUCACCUUUUAAUCCUGUGGCCUGAAAUCAGCCUCGACGGUGGAGUUUUUCUGCAUUGGGCCCCCUGCUGGUUAAAAGGGAUCAUUUCAAACCUUCUCACUGUGUGGCCUGCUGCGAUGGAAAAAAAAAGAGGGGCUCGAUAUGAGACAUUUGGCCUCUGCAUUUAUCUAAUAAGUCGUUAAGCGAUGAAAUCUUGUCUUUCCCUGUUAAAAUUUGACCUGACUAUAAUUUGCAAGUUCAGUACUCAGGAAUACUGUGAAGGCAAAAGUGCCUCAAUGUUAUUAUUAUUAUUAUUAUUAUUAUUAUUAUUAUUUUUAAAAUACCCGGUUUUACAUUAGAUUAUUUUUAAACCACAUAUUCCUGCUCCCACAUGCAUUAUUUUCCAUCAUAGCUUGUUGUAGCAUCUGUGGUCUCAUUGGCAUUUUAUUCACGAGGGCAUUCAACGUGUUUUAGCCAUGAGUUUGAGGCGAGAACACUUUCAGAGAGCAGUGAUGGAACAGUAGAAAGGCAGCAGUUGCUUCCAGGAAAAGAGGAAAAAAAAAAAAAAAGUUUAUAUGCUGCUGCAAUGAAAUGUCUACAUUCUGCUUAAAACACUGGAACAGCAACACAAAUGGAGGUUAACAAGGCUCUUUUUUUUUUGUUUACUUUUAAACUUGCAUGCCUUCUUUAUUCUUUACUUCUCUUCUUUUGCUUGCUAAUUGACAUGGGUUAUGUCGCAGACUGCAUCAAGGUUUGCGAAUGUUGUGGUUCUGGUCUUCAGCAGCGUUUAGAAAGAAGCAUUUGAGGAAGUUGAAGCCUUGCCGUUAUGUGCCCUAAUGCACUCGCUGUAUUUCUGUUUGUGUUUAAAUUUGGCCAAAAGUAUGCGAUGCCUUUAGAAGUUUCACCCACAAGACAUUUUUCUAGGAAUAUGAUCCUCAUUUGUUUUCAGAUUGUGGUGCCAGUAAUGACUGUCUUACUACAAAGACUCGAAAACUUCAUCCCAUUCGUUGCCUGGUGCUAAAACGACUGUUUUAUUCCCAACAAAUGUAUUUCAACGUGACAUUUUCUUUUCCCAAAAAACUGCUUUCUUGUUUACUGGAAUUCUCUCCCCCCCCCCAACCUUUUCUGAUGCUUGAUCUUUUAUUCUGAGAUUUUUUGUUUUUGUUUUCAUCAUGGCUUUAAUCAAGAAAUUUAUAAGUGAACGUUUUACGUCACAACAAUGACGGUUGUUUCAAAAGAAGUUUCAUGUGCCACCGUAUUCUUUUCAUAGUAAAUUAAUUAUAAACAGAGA